CAUUGAGAGGAUUGCAGUGGCAUUCUAAGGUCAUUUAAAAUCAUGACAAGCUCAGUCGGACAGAAGAAAGUCUCCUCCAGACAAAGGAAGUGUGGGUUCUGUCGGUCGAAUAAAGAUAACGAAUGUGGGCAGUUGCUGAUGUCGGAGAACCAGAAGGUGGCGGCACAUCACAAGUGUAUGCUGUUCUCAUCCGCACUGGUUUCUUCACACACUGAUAAUGAGAGUCUUGGUGGAUUCUCUAUUGAAGAUAUUCAGAAGGAAAUAAAGAGAGGCACAAAACUGAUGUGCUCUUUAUGCCACUGUCCCGGAGCGACCAUUGGCUGUGAUGUGAAAACGUGUCACAAGACAUAUCACUACUACUGUGCUUUGCAUGAUAAAGCUCAGAUAAGAGAGAAGCCUUCACAAGGCAUUUACAUGAUUUUAUGUCGAAAACACAAGAAAACUACGCAUAACUCUGAAGCAGAUCUAGAAGAAAAUAUCAAUGAACACGAGUUGGAGCCUUCACCUCCCAAAGGAAAAAGGAGGGGUCGUAAGGGAAAGCCAAGAAAAACAAAUUUAAAAGGGCAGUCAGAAGACACUAGAUCCACGUCCUCACAUGGCACAGAUGAAAUAGAAAGCAGUUCCUAUAGAGACAGGUCUCCCCACAGAAGCAGCCCCAGUGAUACAAAACCUAAAUGUGGAUUCUGUCAUGCAGGUGAAGAAGAAAAUGAAGCUAGAGGAAAGCUUCAUAUAUUUAAUGCCAAAAAGGCUGCAGCACACUAUAAGUGCAUGUUGUUCUCUUCUGGCACUGUCCAGCUAACAACAACUUCAAGGGCAGAGUUUGGUGAUUUUGAUAUCAAAACUGUACUUCAAGAAAUCAAGAGAGGAAAAAGAAUGAAAUGCACACUCUGCAGCCAGCCUGGUGCUACUAUUGGGUGUGAAAUCAAAGCCUGCAUAAAAACAUACCAUUACCACUGUGGAGUAGAAGACAAAGCUAAAUACAUUGAGAAUAUGUCACGAGGAAUUUAUAAACUGUAUUGUAAAAACCAUAGUGGAAAUGAUGAAAGAGAUGAAGAGGAUGAAGAAAGAGAAAGCAAAAGCCGUGGCAAAUCAGGCACUGACCAUAAUGACAUUCCUCAGCAGCAGCUCAAUGGAAACUAGGUUCAAGGGACAGAGUUAUAGAACUGGGAAUGGCUAAGACAUCAUAACUACUAAUUCUUUUAAAUUGUUUUCUAAAAAUCAGAAAAGGGUUAGUAACUUUUUACUACCCGGCUCUGUUAGAAAUUUCAUUGAACUGCCUGAAACGUUCAUGUGUGUGAGCCUUCAGUAAGUGGCAGAGUUUUACAUGUCAAUAUUAUGUAGUUUGUAGUCUGCAGUGUCUGGAAAAAAUGAAACACUAUAUAAAUGAUAUGUAAUAUGUACAGUGUCAAAAGUUAAGGCAGACAUUGAAAUGAAGUAAGAUCUAUAUUUCUGGACUGAAUAAAAACCUUAAGAUUUGGAAUGUGUAAGUUGUUUAGUGGAUUCACACAAUGAGGGAAGGUCUUAGCUAGUUUAAUUAACAACAUGGACAAGUCCGUGGUGGCAACGAGCUGGUACUUUGUGAAUUUUGCAUUUUCUUCCUGCACAAGUUCCGGAGGCUGUACAUGGGAAAGCCGCGCUGUUUUUGCUUGGGAAGCACCCAGUAGGAAAGGACUCGGUGUACACGAAGCACGCUUGAACAUUUCAGGUUGUUCCUGUUGUGAUUGCUCAUUCCGCCCAGCAUUGUUUGCGGGAGAUGUACUUGAGCAGCUGUUGGUUCUGAGCUGUGAGCUUUAGAACUCAUGCCAAAGGGCUGUAGUUCAUUCUUUCCCCAACGACCCACCUCUCUGUGUCCUGAUUUACAAAGAACACUUCACCAAGUGUGAUUAAAACCUUACUAGACAGAUGUUUGGACUUUGCAGCCCAAUCUCUUUUACUUCAGAGAGUUACAACUCUUAACUCACAAUGGAAWUUAGCCACCAUAUCUGACGUCCAUACCUCAGGUGUUCUCUGUUGUGUGGAACACUUCAUGUUUUGUCAAGAAKAUGCAUAAAGGUCCCAUAUUCUGUAAGAAGAAUGAGGAAACAGCCUUUUUUUUGCUAGAUUGGUAUUUAUUUUUUAAUCAUAUGACCACUAUAUGAGAAACUUCACGAAUCAUCCUUAUUGUUUUAGUGAUUUUUUCCUCUCUGUCAAGUCAACAAUCACAUCAUGGAAUUCUACUUGCUAGAAUUUGAUAUUCCUUUAGGGAAUGAUCAUAUCUAGGCUAUACCAAACGUAACAGAACAGUCCUCUGACUGCUUUCAAAACACCUUGUCAUUUCUAAUGGCUACUGGCUUCUACAAUUGGUCUGUUAAAGCACAUCCUCAGACUUACUUAAAUAAAACCAAAAAGCUGAWUCUAGUCCACAUGUUUUGUCUGUUGCUACCGCAUCACCUUAUUGUUUGUUUAGGGUUUUGAAUUGUUUCACUCUGAACUCCCAACAAAACUUCUGGAUCUGAAGGAAGGAAACAAGCAAAAGACACUGAUUUGACUAUAAACUGCUACAGUUCUUCUGUGAUUGGUAUUGCAAAAACGGUUCAUUUGUAAUAUGAGUUUCUGUAGCAUUUUUUACUUGUAUUUUUAAAMGAUUUAACGUGUGUCAUUUGUCUUCUUAUGCAUUCCCUUAAUGUCUUGAGGGACUCAAUUACUGUAUAUUGGAGUUUCUAACAUUUUACCUGUUAGAAUUCAAUCAGUUCUGUUUGCUUUCCUGGAGAAUAAUGCCGUUUGGAAAGAAAUAUUGCUGUGUACAGAAAAUAUUCAGUUACUGCUCUAAACAUGAUGCCAUUGAUCAUUUUUAUUUUGUAUUUGUAACUUUCAAAAUUAAAAGCGUGACUUGAAUUGCAA